CUGGGUUGAGCCCUGCCAUAGUGCAUGUACUCUUUGGAGGGGAGCAAGAGACGGCAGCAAUUAGCGUAUCUGACUGCGUGGACCAGGAUGUUCGGGAUGUCAUCCACCUGUUGGAAGGAACCCAGGAACUUUCUGAGGACCAGAAAUCCAUGGUCCUCUCUGUGAGCCUGCCCUGGGACUUGCCUGGUGUUACGUCAGAAAACAGGUGGUGGCUUAGGGAGAAAAUUCUUCUCCAUGCCGGUCUUGGAAGAACUACCAAGCAAGUGAAGCAAAUUAAGAGAGGCCUGAAAGACACUGGUGUUUCGGAGCUUUUUAGCUCUGGACCAGACACUGUGCCAAUCUUGUUCCCAAGGGCCACUGAGACAGAGAUAACAUCUCAAAUGAUUCUGGACGAGAUUAUCUGGCCACGGGAGGAAGAUGUUGAUGAAGACGUCCUCACGCUGGAGGACCAGUGCCGUGUGCUAGGCUGUUUUCCGGAAGUUUAUAGAAACUGGGUCCUCUUGAAGAGUUUGCUGUCAUUCUGGACUGGCUGGGAUGUCCUUCCCCCAUCACUGGAGGUGGAAGUUGUUGAUUGUGACCUUCCCCAAUCAUCAACAGGCUUUUUAACUCUAAAGCUUUCGAAAAAUACCGCAAAUUAUGAAGAUUUCCACCGAGACCUGAUGGCGAGCAUCUCCUCCUCCUACUCUGGAUUCGAUUUAAUACAUUGGAAAAAGGACCUCGUGGAUUUGGCCGUCUCUGCACUUCCACUUCAGAUAGUGGCCGGGGAAGCUGAACCUCAGGAACUGUGACUCCUUCGUGGUGGUAUCCAUGUGGACCUUCCCAGUCAAUCCCACACUCAGGAUCAACCUAGAAUUAUAUUGAACAUUAAAAUUUGAACAGCACAUUAUUUGCCUUUUUUCAAAGUGUAUAUUUAAGGAGGACCAAAAAAAGAAGCACAGAAAGAACAAGCAUGUUUUGGUACGUGUGUAAUUCAUUAUGGCCAGCAUAAGGGCAUGCUUGAAAAUGCAUAAACUGUAACCAGUCAUUGAUCAUAUCACUAAUAAUGUAAGAAUGCGUGGUAAAGUACAUCAUUGUUAUUUGAUGAACUACUUAAUACAUGAAAAAAUGCUGGACACCAUUAGUAUUAAUCCUAAAUUCCUUAGCUUGUACAAAAUUGUUUGGCUAUCUAUAGAUAGAGGUUUACUUCUAGCCUUGUUUCAAACAUACCUGGGGAGGGUCUUGAUGCCCCUCAAGUUGGUUCUGCAUCCAUAGUUGAAGUGGUGACUGGUUCUCCUCUGUGCGCAAUCUAUGGUGGUUCCAGCCAUCCUUGAAGAACUGCAAAUGCCUCUGAAUAUGUGGAAGAAAGGUCCGGUGCAGUGUGUAGAUGUGGAUCUCUUCAUCUGGGCUGAGUAGGCCCUCCCUCUCCAGGUUGCAGAAAAUGGUGUAGAAGAGAUCUAAAACUCCCCCAAAGACAUCUCUCCACGAUCUGUCUAUCCUAGGUAGAGUGAGCAAGCAUGAAAAAAUGUAGUUGACUAAACCCAAAGAAAAAGCGUUUUAGUUGGACUCUACCGAAGUCAGUUUGAAAAUGAAUGUGAACACAAAGUCUUUACAGAAUGGUUCCUCUGAUUGUGUGUGCUUCUUCCAGUGAUGUGGGAAUUCCUAUUUAGGCCUCUAGUGGACACCAUGAAAUGUACAACCUGAACAUUUUCUCCUCCUUUGUCAGACCCGACACGUGAAGGCACUCCAUAGGUAUUGACUGCUUCAGGGAAGCUGCCCAUGACUGUUGAGGCCUGGUUGUUGGUGGCAGCAUUAAGGUACACAAUUA